AUGGACUUUGAACUGCCACUAAUUAUGGAGAUCCAAAUGGUUAAUGGUCCGCAGGUCAGAACAGGGCAUUGUGGAGAUCAGACGGCUGUGGACUUGAAGUCACAAACAAAACAUUGAAAACUGAACUUCCUCAGGGAGGGACAUUUUGCCACGGUUUACAAGGCCAGCGACAAGAACACCAACCAAAUUGUCACCAUUGAAAAGGUUAUAAUAAAGGAUAAUAGUUUAGUCCUGACACAAUCACACAUCAGAGCCUACAUGUUGAUUACUCUUCAAAGGUUAGAAUAUUUACAUCAACACUGGAUUCUACAUAGGGAUCUGAAACCAAACAACCUGUUGCUAGAUGAAAAUGGAGUUUUAAAGCUGGCAGAUUUUGGCCUGGUCAAACCAUUUGGAAGCCCCAAUAGAGCUUAUACACAUCAGGUUGUAACCAGGUGGUAUCAGGCCCCUGAGUUACUAUUUGGUGCCAGAAUGUAUGGCGCAGGUGUGGACAUGUGGGCUAUUGGCUGUGUAUUAGCAGAGUUGCUUCUAAUGGUUCCUUUCUUGCUGGGAGAUUCAGACCUUGACGAACUAACAAGAAUAUUUGAAACUUUGCUCACCCCAGCUGAGGAACAGUGGCCUGACAUGUGCAGUCUUACUGAUUUCGUGACAUUUAAGAGUUUCCCUGGAAUCCCAUUACAACACAUCAUUGCCACAGGAGCUGACUUGCUAGCUCUCAUACAAGGCUUAUUCUUAUUUAAUUCGUGUACUCAAAUUACAGCCAUGCGGGCUUUGAAAACUAAGUAUUUCAGUAAUCGGCCAGGGCCAACACUUGGAUGUCAGCUGCCAAGACCAAGCGGUCCAGUGGAAACAUUAAAGGAGCAAAGUAAUCCAUCUCUGGCACCAAAAUGGAAGAGAACAGAGGCCUUGGAGCAAGGAGGAUUACCCAAGAAGCUAAUUUUUUUAGUUACAGAUAACACUAGACAGUAUUUUACUACUGAAGGUAAUAGUCAAAAAGGCAACUGA